UCAAGGAGGAAAAGAAAACAAAAAAGAAAAACUAAACACUUCAAAACAUGUCAGUCGGAGCAACAGUGCUACGUGCUUUACGCAUUGUCAGCCCCAAAUCAUUCACCCAGAGCACAAGACAUCGACUGUCCAAACAAUACCAGCACAAAUCUUCCUCUUCUGUGAACUCAGCGCAAUCAGUAGUGUAAAAUGUCGGUUCCAGGACCUUACCAGGCGGCCCCUGGGCCUUCCUCGGUGCCCACUGCGCCCCCCUCCUAUGAAGAGACGGUGGGAGUUAACAGUUACAUCCCGACGCAUCCAGCCCCGGUGCCUGGGCCAACCACGGGGCUCAUGACAGGCCCAGAUGGGAAAGGCGCGAACCCGCCUUUGUACUAUACCCAGCCAGUGCCCGUCCUCAACCCUACUGCCAACACAACAGUACAGACCGUCUUUGUGCAGCAGCCUGUGUCCUUUUUUGACCGUCCUGUCCAGAUGUGCUGUCCUUCCUGCAACAAGAUGGUUGUGACCAAGCUGUCCUACAAUGCCGGUGCCCUCACCUGGCUGUCGUGCGGGAGCCUGUGCUUGCUGGGGUGUGUCUUGGGCUGCUGCUUCAUCCCCUUCUGCGUGGACGCCCUGCAGGACGUGGACCACUACUGUCCCAACUGUAAAGCUCUCCUGGGCACCUACAAGCGCUUGUAGGACACAGCCAGGCAUGGAGGAAGCUGCGUGCUGCAGGAAGUUGCCUGACUCUCACCCCCGUCCACCCCUGGGACAGGCUCAGCUCCCGUAGUCCCAUCUCUCCACCUUCGUGUCUUCUUUUGGGGGGAAAAUGUCACAAAAGUCACAAACCUCCAAAUCCCAGAAAUCGCUGCUUGGAGAGAUACACAGGACGUGCAGAGACAUCGACCUUGAGUGUGGGUUCAGAGGUUUCCCGCCUCCCCAGGACCCCAAAGCCACCCUGACUGUGAUGUUGCCCCAUCUGAGUGUCCUUCCUGCCUCAGUCGGCCCUUCUGCUGGUCUCAAACUGAGGAGCCACACUUUGCCUUAUUUCUGAGACUGUUGUGCCUGACCCUCGGCAGAAGCCACUGUCGAACCUGUCAUUUUGUCCUUCUCUUCCUGCCCCGUAACAAAAACCUUGCCUUAGAGACUUUAUGGGUUUGUCAGUUAGAUUCUGUCAUUGCAAAGUUUUUUGGCACUCAAGCUCACUUUAAUUUCUUAAUGUUCUUUUAAGUGCAAGGAAGGGCUGUUAACACCCACCAGACACAGAUCUGUGAGGUCAUAAGUGCAAAACAAAAGAAACUUAGGGCUGGAUUUUAUCAUCGUUGCUCUCCCUGGUUUCCUCCAGAUCCUCAGCACCACUUUAUAUGAAGGGAUUUUUUUAUGUGGUUAAUAGUAUUAACUGCUGUCCUGACCUCCUUUUGAUCUUACACACGUUUGAACCUAAUUUGGCAAGGGGGAUUUUAUAGAAUUGUUUUCUGUAACCCUAAGAUGGGUAUCAUUUUCCCAUUUGUCAGUGCACACUCUGCUUUUGUUUGGUGUUGCCCAGCCUGGCCUUGAACUUCUGGACUCAAACAAUUCCCUCUGCCUUGGCCUCCCAAGUAACUGGGGCUUCCCAUGCUUAUCACUGUGCCUGGUUCUCUUUUCCUUUUUUCUUAACAGAAAAAUAAGUGGAUAAUUUUAUCCACUGCCUUUAUGUGGGUUCAGUGUGGUUCUUAACAGCCUCUUAAAGUGGGGCUCCUUUGGAGUUCCCAGCAGAUCAAGGAUGAAAAGCCCAGUUGGGCCCGUCCGGGUGCUGAUAGUUUGGGGCGCCAGAAGUGUCUUAAAGGAAUCUAGAGUCUGGUUUUAUUUUUUCAGAUCUUCUUUUUGUUAUAUAUCAGCAGCAGGACUUCUAGGACUCAAGCUGCAGCCAGACUUCUAGGUUGGCUGCUGGGUCACUUUGAAAUUGAGACAGAGCUGGGCUCGCCUUUCCGGAGGCCCCGUUUUGAAACACAGCUGGCACAGGGGACUCCCGCGAAUGAAUACUCGUGUAGAAAUCCAACCUAAACCUUAGGCAAAAAUCUGUGUAUUGGUUGAAAUUUGUAACCGUUGACUAAGCUUUGUUCACCGGUGUUCUGGAAAUGCCAGUCAUUAUUUUUGCAGUGAAUUAUGGAUACCAUAUAGUACUUUGGUGUUUAUCUGCUUUUCAAAAAAUAAAAGUCUUUGGUUCACUCGGUGAACUAUUUAUCAA